CUUCUAAACCAAGGCGAUAUCUAUCUUUUCUUGUCUCUGGCCUCAUUGUGAUUUGCACUUGCAUUCUACUUUUUACUAAUCCGCCUUUUGCUCUAUUGAUUCACUCUGUCGAUUCAUUCUGCCGAUUCACUCUGUCGAUUCAUUCUGUCGAUUCAUUCUGUCGAUUCAUUCUGUCGAUUCAUCCUGUUGAUUCAUCCUGUUGAUUCAUUCUGUUGACUGAUUCUAUUAGUUUCUACGUCUGGCUGAACCACUUAGUAUCCUCCCAAUGAAUUUUACAAACCCCUCUAAGAAGCCCAAAAUCUGGGUCACCCAGGACGGUGUGGAACUUCCGGAGGUAGACCUCAACCUCUCUGACGAGUUUGUAUUCAGUACUCCCAAGACCCAUAUGUCUCAGCUGUCCUCAAACAAUGACGUAACUGACUACCAGUCGAUUCAUCUUUCUGUUGCCUCCAAAUCAGACACAUCCUUGCCAGCUACUCGCGCUAAUCUUGAUGCCUCCACGGGCAUUCGCCCCCACUCACAGACGAGUAUUCACAGCGACUCACUGAACAGUGUACAUCUCACCACCCAACGGAAUACCUCCCAGAUGAGCAAUCUCUCUAAUUUACACUCCAACUCACGUGCCUCCGGUCUUGAGGAUAACAUGACCGCGGCUCUCAGCGGCGCCAACGCGCCAACGUCCUGGCUUCCCUUGCGGCGCGGCCUGACCACUUCCCAGACCAGUCCUGCGCCCUCCAUCGUCAAUGGAAAGACCCUCCGGGCGGCCCCUGACUUCUCCGAGGCAUACUCCAUGGACUUUGAGGAGUACGAUAGCGACCCCGACGCCAUCAAGCUCCACAACAUCACCAGUGCCUCUCCCCGGCACCGCAGGGCGUUCCGUGACUCCUACGAUGUUGAAGGGCUCGCACCUCCAUCACCAACCAAGGUCAGUCUACAGACCCCCAAGACCAAACUUGCCGAGGCCUUUCAGAACUUCUCCGCUCGUGUAAGUGGCCGGGACGAUGACGUACUCCUGGACCAUUCUGACGACGGGUACUUCCACGACGCCACACAGAGUUUCGAUGAUAUUCGGCCACAGGUGACCGCGGACGAUGCGAGCUACUUGCCUGCCUCCUUGCGCACAGAUGACUUUCGGUCCAAGACCAGUGUCUUUGCUCCCAGUAUCAUCACCGCUCCAGAUAACACGUCCUACGCCGCUUCCUCGAUAUUCCCCGCGCCGCUGCGUCCCAUGUCGGCCCCAAACGUACCCGCCAGCCGGUUGCGGUUGUUCGGCAAAUCCUUGGGUAUCUUUCCACCCGACAGUCCGCUCCGCUUGUGGUGUUCCGUGUUCUUAGGCCGGCGCUACGUCAAGCAUAUUCCCGUAAUGUUGCUCCUCUUGAUGACGGGGAUGCUUUCGGUGCAGCAAUGGAGCCCACUCACGCACCAUUCGUACUACUUCGAUGGGUAUGGUUGGAUCGAUACGGUGAUACUCAUUCUCAACUGCUUGUUCAUGGUGGAGAUGGGGCUCAAGAUCGUGACGUUUGGCUUGUGGGACGAUCGCCAGAUGUUUGCCGAAUUGCACUUCUUGAGGACAAAGAGCAAGCUCCACAAAUGUGUGGAAAAGAUUCUCUCCGAUAUGAAGGUCACCGAUGUGGUCAAUAAGGGAAAACAGAUGUUUGGAAGUCGCACCGGCCGCAGGAUGAAGGCAGACAAGCGCGGAAUGUUCCCGCAGCCGGAUAAUAUCACGUAUGAGCCUCGGGGGCAGAGUACCUACGAUCCCUGCCCGGAAGCCAGCUACGGCAGCUCUACAAAAAGCCCUGGGUACUUCUACAACCAGUCCGAAAUCAAAGGGUAUGAUUCCCCUAACGGAAAUACCGAGGGAGGCUACCCCACAAACAUCGAGGACUACGAUGUUUCCGAUGACCUGCCCCUGCAUAACGCCUCCAUCUUGCUCCCUACCUCCACGCAGCUCACGUCCUUCGCGCUCCGCAACGGGGACUUCCGCAAACUCAUGCUCGAGCGGGCAUUUCUCCGCAGCAACUGGAACAUCCUUGACCUCUUCUCCACUCUGUGUUACAUCGUCUCGCUUUUUCUCUCCAUCGACCGCUACGAUGUCAAACACAACAUCUUUCUCUUCCGCGCAUUAGCGUGUGUGCGUAUCUUCCGUCUCACUGCGCUUACCCGCGGCACACACAGUAUCCUCAAAGCGAUUCGCAAGGCAGCGCCUCAGCUUGCAAAUGUGGCGCUUUUUGUGUUGUGUUUCUGGAUCUUCUUUUCGAUUCUCGGCGUGCAGUCCUUCAAGUCAUCUUUCGACCGCAUGUGCACGUGGACAAACCCUUCGGACAGCACCGACACGUUCGUCAAUACUGUUAAUUUGCAGUUCUGCGGUAGCUGGCUCUCUGGUUCGGGGGAGAUUAUGGAGUAUAUUUACGAGGACGGAACGGUAUCCGGGAGAUACAAGGGCUUCCGGUGUCCUAUCAACUCCAAGUGUAUCAGCUACUCAAGCUCUCCCAACUCCUGGAACUACCUUAGCUUUGACAACAUUAUCGACUCGAUGAAGAUGGUUGCGGUGAUCAUGACGGCCAACACCUUCUCCAACAUCAUGUACUACACCAUGGACCUGGACCUGAUGCCCGCCGCGUUGUUCUUCAUUGCGUGCAUUUUCUUCCUCACGGUGUGGUUACUCAACGUGUUCGCAGCCGUCGUUGUCAAGUCGUUCAUUUUGACACUCGAAGAGAAGCAAAAGCGCAAAAAGCUCCUGAGAAUUGCGAUGCCCGACAUGGCACGUUUCAUGUUCGCGGAUAACCUCGCGCGCUGCGGCCGUCCCAUCGCCGUCCGUCUUUACCGUGUGUUUGAGCGCUUCUGUGUUCUGAUUAUUAGUUCCGGGUUGGUGGUGCAAUGUCUCCGCUCCAGUGGGCUGGAUCCCGCUACGUUGAAUACGUUGAUCGUGUAUGAGUCUGUGGUGACGCUCAUCCUCCUCGUAGAGAUUGUGUUACGCUUUUUUGCACACUUUCCACUGUGGCGCCAUUUCUUUCGCGCGCGCCAAAACAUUGUGGACUUGGUCCUUGCUGUCGUUACAAGUAUCAUCAUCAUCCCACCGUUACGUGUGCGUAUGCACCAUGCGUACUACUGGCUCACCAUUUUCCAGAUUGUCCGUCUGUACCGUGUGGCAAUCAGUCUCCCGUACACACGCAAGUUAUGGACCAAGGUCUUGGGGAACAUCCUGACUGUGUUUGACCUUGCGCUCUUUUAUCUCAUUCUCACGUUCUUGUAUAGUAUCAUCGUGGCGCGCUUCUUUGAGGGCUUUGUCACGGCUGAGGAAAACGAAGCCAUUCUCGAGGAAAACUUGUUCUCAUUGUCCAGUUUGCCGAAUACAAUUUUGGCGAUGUUUGUGAUCACGUCGACCGAGAACUGGACGCAGAUCCUCUACGAAAUGGACCAGCAAAGUAAUAACAUGAGCUCACGCAUCUUCGGCGAUAUCCUUCUUAUCGGGUGGUUUUUCGCGUCUUACGUUGUGAUCUUCAACAUCUUCGUUGCAAUCAUUGCCCAGAACUUUGACAUCAGUGAAGAAGACAAGCGCCGGUACCAGUUGAAAAAGUUUGUCGAUGAGUCGGCGCAGGAGCUUGAACAACUUUCGCGGAAGAACAAGGUCGGCAACUUGGACCGCUUGAAGACGACGUUGUUCAAGCCUAAGCCGAAUCAGGUUAACCACGGCGGAUUCAUGCAGUUGUUGAGAAAUGGGCAGCUUAUGGAUACCUUCUUGGAGAAAGGGAACUUCCGUGCGAUUGACGAGGAUGUGUACGACCAUAAGAAGGUGAGGGCGGGUACGUCUAACAACAACCAUUGGAUGAGCGAGGCGCAGAGCAGCGAUGGCGCAGCCGCCGUAGAUGCAACUGAGCAUGCAGCUGCCAGCUCGGCCACCCGCUCAAGCUCUUUCUGGGCCGCCUUUUCUCCGGUACAUCUCCGUGCGCGUUUGCGCGGCUUGCGCAACUACCACCACAGCCCCAAACCGACCUCCCUCGACGCCGAGAUCUCCAUCGACCCCCGCAUGCUUGCGCGUAAAAUUAUCCAGCAACAAGAGGCCAUCGCCGCCGAGACCCAACGCAUGCUCCGUGACAAACCAAACUACAACCGUGUUUUGGGAUAUUUCCAGCCGGGCCACCCGUUGCGUCGGUUUUGUCAAAGUAUCAUGCCGCUGUCGUUCGGCGAACGUAUCCGAGGCGUGUAUCCCGCGACGCUCACGCGUGACGUGGUCAACGUGCUAUUUUUUUGUAUGACGGUCUCGAUGGUCAUCAUCGCAUGCUACGUGACUCCACUCUACCGCAAGGAACACAACUUGGACACCGGUGCAUGGAACUGGACGGUCUACACGGACUUUAUAUUUGUGGUUACCUUUACGCUCGAGUUUCUCGUGAAGGUGCUCGCGGACGGGCUCUACUUUACGCCCAACGGAUACUUUCGCUCCCUGUGGAACUCCAUUGACUGUGUCGUGUUGGUUACCAUGUGGAUCAACGUCAUUUCGUUUCUUCGUUACGAUGACCAGUUGUCCAGAACCAUCAGAGGUUUUAAAGCCCUCCGGGCGUUGCGCUUGUUGACCAUCAGUAAACGUGCCCAGGCAUACUUCCACAAUACGAUGAUUGCCGGGUUCCGCAAUAUUGUUGGUGCUGCGAUCGUUUCCCUACACUUGAUCGUCCCCUACGCCGUGUGGGGCGUUAACAUCUUCAACGGGCGUCUCGGACUGUGUGUCGACGGGUCAUCCGACCGGGCCAGCUGUGUUAACGAGUAUACGAAUAAUGUUGGGAAGUGGAACGUAUUAAGCCCAAACGUCUACCAAGAACCCCGCUUGAACUUGAACAACUUCCCCAGGGGGCUCAUGUCGCUAUAUGAGAUUCUUUCGUUGGAGGGCUGGCUCGAGCUCUUGCAGAGUGUGACGUUUACUACAGGCAUCGGGACAGUGCCUUCGCCGUUCGCAAGCCCGUUCAAUGCAGUUUUUGUCGUGGCCUACAUCUUCACCGGCAUGAUUUUCAUCCUCACCUUGUUUUUAUCGGUCAUCAUCAGCAAGUAUGCGGAAGUAACGGGUGUUGCGUACUACACCACAGAGCAAAUUACGUGGUACGAUAUUGCCAAGUUCUUGAAGAAUGUACGCCCGUCGAAGCGCCCCGACCGCAAUAGCAUGGGGCGCGUGCGUCGUGUGUGCUACGACCUUGUUCUCGAGCACAACGUGAUCUGGGACCGGGUGGUCGACUGUGUGUUGUUUAUCCACUUAAUCAUGUUGAUGGUUGAGAAGUACCCGUCACCGUACAACUACGAUUUUGUGCGAAUGGUGCUCUACACGAUCACCACCUCGGUGAUGUUGCAGCACUAUGUGAUGUACGCGCAUGCAGUAGGCUUACGUGUGUUUUUGCGCGACAAGUGGAACUUGUUCUCAUCCUUCGUUCUCAUUGGUGCGUUGUGCAUGUCGAGCCUUUCGUUCUACGUGGUGGACGAGGGCCGAGCCACCAUCUAUGGCAACUUUAACAAGCUCUUUUUGAUGGCGAUUCUUUUGUUUGCUAUCCCCAGAAGCAACCGUCUUUCACAGCUUCUCAAGUUCGCGUCGUCCAGUUUGCCGUCGCUCGGUGCGGUCGUAUUCACAUGGCUCGUCACGUUCCUUGUGUUUGCCAUUGCCAUGAACCAGAUCUUUGGUUUGACCAAAAUCGGGCCAAACGGCACUGGAAACAUCAACUUCCGGACUGUGACCAAGUCUAUUAUUGUGCUUUUCCGUAUGAGUUUCGGCGAGGGUUGGAACGACAUUAUGGAUGACUUUGCGGUCACGAGUCCUGACUGCUACUCCGGAGUCGGAGUUAACAAUACUGAUUGCGGUAACUGGGGCUACGCUUACGUUUUGUUCACGUUGUGGAAUAUCAUCUCCAUGUACAUCUUUGUCAAUAUGUUUAUUUCCAUCGUGCUUGACAACUUCAGUUAUGUGUACCACAGUGAUUCAAAGACGGAUCUCAUUUCCAGAGUCGAAGUCCGCAAGUUCAAGCGGUGUUGGCAGCGGUUCGAUCCGCGCGGCACCGGCUUCAUCGAGCCGUACGACUUGCACGAUAUGUUGCACGAGCUCGGGGGUGUCAUCAAGUUCAAGAUCUACGAGGGGCAGUACACGGUGCCGAAUCUCACCCAGCAGUGGUUCACGCGUAAGUCGAGUAACCCGUACGACGUGGAGCUCCGCCCCGAGGCGAUGCAAACGUCCUUGGGGCGCAUUGACGUCGCGAAGGUGCGCUUCCGGCGCCGCGUCUACGAACGCUUCUUGGCAGAAGUCUACACCGUUGCAGACGAGAAGCACGGUGGGCAAAUUAACUUCACGGACUUACUUCUCCAGCUCACGCUCUACACGCACUUCGAGGAGGGUGAGUGCCUAAACCUCCCGGAUUUUUUGGAAAGAAACAGGACCAUGACCGUUGUGGAGGAGAAGCUACGCACUAAGAAACUCGCCGAAACCAUGGCCACGGUCAUCUGUCGCUGGAAGUACUUGCAGAGAAAGUCCGCAUACGAUAUCAGGGCCACGAACGACAAUAUCUCCGAGAUCCAAAAGCGGUUGUCGGCCUACAGCGAGGGUUUGGCCUGGUCUAGUGAGGGCCUUGCUGAUGGCAUGGGUGAUCAAAAUCCGGCUGAAUUCUCGCACCAGCGUACGCUGUCAAGGAAUGACGCUAAUGUGUUUGACCUCCCGAGCAUGCUCAUCAGCGAGUACAACGAGUCGAGUGUAAACCAACAGACAGGUGCGUUUGGCCAAUCCGGUGACAACCGGCCGCAGAGUCCAAAGCCCCGUCCCAGACCGCUAAGCUUGAGUCCGAAGCCCGGCUCGCCAGUUCUGAUAUCGGGUAAGAAUCCAUUCCAGAGCGUUAUGGAUGGCUCUCCGACAUACACCGGCCCUAUGCGUGCGCCAUUUGAUAACCCCGCGAACGAGACCAAUCGCCACACGUUGGAGCACUACAUGGAGACCGAUGAAAAUCCGUUUGUGCGUGACGACGAGCGUGUCAUGAACAUGUUGACCGACCUUGGUGGUGCCAUCGAACACUCGCCGUGGGGUGCGGCCUUGAAGAGAGUAGAAGACGAGGAUGAGGUUAAGCUUUAAGGCGAGAAUAAAGAUGUUGCUAAUAGAGGCACCGGAAUGGCCUAGAUUUAUAUAGGGGCGUGGUUAGAGUGACGUCUAUUUGAUAUACAUGGCAUGUAUGGAAACAAUGGUGUAUCGUAA